AUGCUCUGUUUGGUUCAGGCUUUUCUGUGCCCCCCCAUUUCCACGUACCCCGCAUCCAACGACUGUGCUAAGGCCUUUGGUGAAGUGGAUGGACAAAGAGUUGCUGUCAUUGACACUCCAGGUCUGUUUGACACCAGAACUGAAGAAAAGAAGAUCAGAAAAUAUAUUGUUCAGAGCAUUGUUUUUGCUUCUCCUGGACCCCAUGUCUUCCUGGUCGUCAUCAGACUGGGCAGAUUCACAGAGGAAGAAAAGCAGUCGGUUCAGAAGAUUCAGGAAAUCUUUGGAGAGGAAGCAGACAGAUACAGCAUGGUCCUUUUUACCCACCGUGAUCUGCUCGAAGACCAAACUAUCGAAGAGUUCUUGAAGGAAAGUGAAGCGGUGCAGGAACUUGUGGACAGAUGUAACGGCCAGUACCACGUCUUCAAUAAUAAGGUGAAGGAUCGUUCUCAGGUCAGAGAGCUGCUCGACAAGAUCAGAAACAUAACAGAGAAGAACGGAGGAAGCCAUUACACCAAUGAAAUGUUCCAGGAGGCAGAGAGGGCCAUAGAAGAGGAAAAACAACGGAUCCUUAAAAAGAAAGACGAGGAAAUACGCCAACAGGAGGAGGAACUGGAAAAGAUAAUAGAGGAAAAGUAUGAGAAACAACUCCGGGAAGCAAAUGCAGACAGGGAGAGGUUGAACAGGGUUAUAGCAACUCAGGAAAAAGAAAAGGAGGAGGCAAGGGAAAAUCUGAAAGAGAUGCAGGAAAUAACUAAACAGGAGGAGGAAGGGAAAAAUCUGCAGGAAAUUAACGCUAGACAGGAAGCUGAGAGAAGCCCUACAAUAAUCCAAUACCUUAUUGACCUUGUGAAAUAUCUUAUUGUAUUUGUGAAAGUGGUGAAAGAAAUAUUUGAUGGGUGA